AUGGAGACCCCCACUUAUGCCAUCAACAACCGUGCUGGCAUGCUCCUCCGUGGCCAUCGUCUGACUGUUCAGCGUAAACAGUCAAAGUUCGCCAACACUCGCCUUGCCACCCGAUACAUCGGCAACAUUGAGCUGGCCGAGGUCAACAAAACUGCGCCUCACCACGAUACUCAAGUCGCCAUUCGUCGUGAUAACUUGACGGGCCAAGUUUAUAACGGCCCCAACAGCACAGCCAACGCGUUGGCUCGCCACAACAACAGCCCUGCCACGUACAACCAGGCUGGAUGUGAAGAAUCAGCGAGUGCGUUUCCGAACGCUGGUCUUGACAGAGCCAGGCAAAAUCAUCAAUUCCGCCUCCUGGCUUUUGGUUUCUCGUCUCGUCCAGCAGCGAGCUGCGAUGUCUUGUCGUUUCCGAGCGGAGACCUGGUGACCAUAGUCAGGCGACGAGAAGCCGAGUCGCCUGCAGAUGCCUCCUUCGAGCGAGCGCAAGACCCCAUAGUGCCCCGGCCAUCCAAGCAAUCGUUGAUUGUCGAGGUCGCUUCGGAACGAAUCGAAGAGACUCCCGCUAGCUUGAGCGGCAUACACACAACAAGGCUGGUUCUAUGA